UUACGAGGCAUUCAGUCAAAGAAAGGCGGCGCGCCGGCUAGCGCGCUCGCCCGCCGUCCGGCCGAGCCCCGCAUCGUCGGAACCCCUCAUCAUCACUAAAACGCUGGCCAGAACCCGGUAGAACCCUCGCGUAUGGCCGAAACAUGUCAAUUGAGACUCCCCGUGCGUGAUGCUCGUGUGCUACCUGCCCGUAGUGUCUUCCUUUAGUAUACAGUACGAUUGACUUUGAGUGCAGUUGUUUUGAUGAGGUCCCUGUCCAGUAAUGAAGAAUAUGACUUUAGUGUAAAUAAAUAGCUAUUAAAAAGCAAUAAUCCAAUUACUAACGUAGAAACCCCGUAGUUUAGAACUAGAAGUGCUAUAGACUAGGAUUAAAAUUAUCUUCCAUAGUGAUAUCAGUGUAAAAAUAAAAAUGGUCUCAAAAUCGACAAAAACAUAUUUAUGUACAAUCGUCGUCAAAAGUGUUAUUAAAAUGUCGCACCGCUUACGUUCGAGUAAAUUAAAACUGCAAGUGUAAAGUACUGUCGGCGUGAAAAGUGUUAAGUAGUGUUGGAGAAAUGCUAAAGCCGAAAUGCCGCAGCGCGCUACGCAGUCGAGUUUGAUGCGACCGUUCGUGGUGCUGGCACUGCCCGGGAUGUAUUUGCUGUACAAGUACAAUCAGUACCGUCAGCAGCAAAUGGAGACCGCGCGCCGCCGUGUCACCGAGCGGGAGCUUAUGCACCUUAACACCAAAAUCGACAAAUUGCUCAAUAAGCUGGAAGAGAAUGAGCCCGAACUAGCCUCGUCGCCGGAGGAAGAAUGUGUAAUAUGUGUGAACGCCAAAGCGACAAUGCAGACGUCGCCGUGCGGGCACCGCGUGGUCUGCCGCCGGUGCUUCGUGAAGACCAUCCAGAUGGCCGUCAGCCAGCGCCUGCUGCCGCUGCGCUGCGUCAUCUGCCGCGCCAAGAUACUGCGGCUCAGGCAGGCGCCCCGGCUCGUCACCAGCAAGAGCUGGCAGGUUUCGAGCGGCAGCGGCAAGGCGUGGGGCGUGCCGGGAUCUGUUUCCUCGUACUCCGUGGGAGCGCGGUCGGUGCCUGCCUCAGCUUCCCUGUACUCGGUCACCAGCGGCGAGUCUUGUCUCUCUGGAGUGUCUUCCGUAUCGUCGAACAGCGGUGGAAAUAUCAAUGGCUGCUCCACGAAGCUGUGUGGCGGGGCGAAGUGCGGGGGUGUGUGUUUGGGUGCUGUGCCCCGGGCGUCAACCGCGUCUGCGCCCCCACGACCACGCCAGCCGGCCUCCAACUCACUGAGACGCUCCCAACAUCAUAGCAUGAAGGUCAGGUUACAGGAGUACCAGGUACACAGUUACACGGGCGGACCCGCGGGCGAGCCGUCGGGCCGGCUGCCCCCCAUCCGGGAGUUCCAGAGGGAGUUCCGAGAGGGGCGCCGCGAGAGUGCCGCCGCCGCUUCUACUUCUACUAGGAUAAGAUGUGCACAGAAAAUUGUGACGCAAUUAGAAACGUCGCCACAAAAGAGCAAGCAUUUCUUCCGGCCUCUAAAACCAACAAAUAAAGACGAACCUCCUAGAUCCAGAGAUCAAAGUAAAGAGACUGAACGAAAAAAAGAUAACCCCAAAUCAAAGCCCAAGAAAGAAGAUAACAAAAAGAAAAAAGAAGACGAAAAUAAACCCGAAGAAAAGUCCAAAAAAGACGAAUGUACAGAUAACAGAAAGAAUGAAAUUGCAGAACGCAAGAAAGAAGAAAAACUCAGACUCAAAGCUGAAAAGGAAGCUAAGAAAGAAGCCAAGCAACUAGCUAAAGAAGAGGAAAGACAAGCAAAACUACUCGCGAAAGAAGAAGAAAGACAAGCCAAAUUACUAGCGAAAGAAGAAAAGAAAAAAGCUAAGAAAGAAGCAAAGUUGGCAGCGCAAGCAGAAAAAGAAAAAAAUAAAUAAUAACGUAACAUUUUUACAUUGUAGAAACUCGUAGCCGUCUUACAAAUUAGAUUCGAAAAUUGUUAUUAUUGAAGAAUCAUAAAACCAAUUUUAUUAGUGUACUUAGAAAGUCUCUAUAGUCCAUGUAAAUAUAAACAGUAAGAACUUACUGUUGAAAGUUAUUUUUUUACUUCAAUCGGAUAGUUUAUUUUGUUCGUGCUUUGAUACUAAUAAUUUACAUGAAUUUACUUAUUUACAAACUCUGUUGCGAUUUCUUUCAAAAUUGUUACUUGAAUUAGGAUCGUUGUAUAUAGUUUUAAUGUCAAUGUUAAAAAGAGAAGCAAUCUAAAUACAUAGUUGUUGGGUCAUAGUUGGAACUCUACAAACUGCUAAGACUGAAAGAAUGGGAUAAUGAAAUCAUAUCGUUUUGUAAUUUAAUUGUUUAACAGUAAAUUUAAGAGCUUCGUGCAUACCAGCACCGCCAAAGAAUUUAUUUAUUACAUAGGUACUAAUUUCGUCGUAAUUAGUUUCGUAGGUGAAGCGGAUACCAUUUCGAAAUCGUUUGACAUUUCCUCGCAUGUGUUGUGCUCGAAGACCUUUCCUCGAUUGUUUGUGAUCUCUAUAGUUUAUAACAUAAAAUCUCGAACAGAUACAAGAGGUAAAUACGAUUUCUCACAAUAUCGUCCGAUCGGUACCCUAUGUGACUCAGGAAGAAUGUGGCUUUUAAUAUAAUGUAAUACUACAAUGAUACUGACGAUAUUUGAGAAAACGUGUUUGCCUGUUUUAACAGUUAGAACUCACGAACAAUCGAGGAAAGGUCAUCGAGCAUAUCAUAUACGAGCAAGCGUCAUUUAAUUACGAAUAGAGGAUCCAGGUGAAGCUUUCAUUAGAUUAAGUUAGGAAUUAUUUUCGUAAAUAUAAGUUACAAAAAACUACUCUGUUUAACUUCUGUCGUGAUUGCAAUUGUAAGUGGUCCUGUAUAUUUAUUUAUACUACAAAAUUGUAAAAUAAUAGGCACAUAAUCUAUAAUUUUCUAAUGCUACGCCCACACCGAACUACAAACCCCAACGGAUAUGAGAUCGCUCCCUUCUGGCCCUGUUCAGAUCAUACUGUAAAGUUUACCCUUCGUUGGUUCAGUGUGAACAUAGCUUUAGAGUGUAUUCGAUGAGGUACUUGAUUGGAUGUUUUCCGGCUUUCUUCUAUCAGUUGUACUUUUCCUAAUCCAAUCAUAUGCUAGCACGAUCGAACCUAAAGUAAUUUUGAAAUAAUUGAACUCUAUUUUAUGUUUUUAAACAAUCGGCUUUACAAUGGAGUGCUUUUUCAUGAAUUAUGAUUUUAAAUUAUAACGUGUAUACAGUACAUUAUACAAUAGCUACUUAUUUCGGGACAUAGGUACUUAUAUUACAAAAAAUACACAUACCCCAUACACAAUUAAGUCCAACAUGGAAUAUUUUAACCAAUAAAUUACGCGUAGAAUCAUAUCAGGUUGAAUUAGCAUACAGCUAGCUGUAUAGGUAAGUGUUGACAUUAAUUUUGUAAGAGUUCCACAUGUCGGAAUUUAUUGUCAAUCGUUAGAAUUUCCUGUAAAAUAAAUAACAAUGUUACCAUAAGCCUUAUUUAUUUCACCCAAAAAUC